AUGGUCCCGUCGCUGCUGCGCGGCGAGAAAGUCCUCUUUCGUCGGAGCAACGGCCCAGGAGGAGCCGACUCGGCACCACCCCCGAGGUUCCGCGUCAACUUUGCCGAGGUGCAGCGCAUGAAGCUGCGCAAGCUGCAGUGCCAGGUCGUGCGCGAUGUUGCCGAGAUGCGCAGCCAUGGGAGGGAGGCGGAGGGCUGGGAGGAGAAUCUAGAGAAGUAUGUGAAAGCUCUACAGGACUACGAUUACAUGCAGAACCGCGCGCGGUCGAACCGCGAUCCCUUCCUCGUUACGGGGGAGUAUUACACGGAUAACUACAUCCUCGGCCAGUACCUCUCCGCCGGACUACAGGCCCAAGAGCUCGAAACGGCCGGGUCGGUCGGGGACUGGGAAACCGACGACAGCAGACAGACGGUCUGCGGCACGCGCGGUGACAACCUGUCCAGAACGUGGUUCGUCAACUUCAGGCGGCGCGUCGCCAUCGCCGCCGUCGGCGGGCUGUUUCUCGUCGGGCCCAUGUGGCUGAUGGUGCUGUACAACAAGCUGUAUGCCCAGCUGAUCUCGACGACCGUGUUUGUGACGGCGUUUGGCAUCGUCAUGGCCAUUUUCCUGAAUAAGGAUGACGCUGUCCUGGCCAGUACCGCUGCCUACGCCGCUGUCCUGGUUGUGUUCGUCGGGACGAGCACCAGCGGGGAUGGAGGCGCACCACCUUCGUUGUGA